AUGGAUGAGCAUGAUCAGUAUGAGUCAGUUGCCUUAGAUGAUUCACUGGAGGAUGACAGGAAUCUUGAUGAAAUCAUGGCUGAUCAAAGGGCUGCGGAAGCGGAGCUUGAUGCACGGGAUGUGAGGUCUGGUGCAGCAGCUGACAGGAAAUUGCCAUGGAUGCUCCGCGAUCAGGGUAAUGGCUUCAAGACAAGUUUUAUUUCUGUAGGAUAUCAGAGCAAAUUAGGAGAGCUGUGUGCCAUUUAUGUCUCAACUGCAAAUGAAUUUGUUGCUUAG